AUUUAUUUUUCUCUUUCUUCAAAACCGCAAAUUUAACUAAAACUUCAUGAAUGGUGUAUAAAGUGAAGUUUAGAAUAACGCACUUUGAAAUCCGCAAUAUAAGUGUUUCCAUUCAAGACCUUUGUAUAAAUGAUAUUUCCCAGUUCUCUCUUUCCCAAGAAAGCUCGAAAGAGAGUGAUCUCAGAUUCAAUUCAACAAUGGCGGAAGAAGCUAAAGCUAAAGGAAACGCUUCUUUCUCUUCCGGUGACUUCACCUCCGCUAUAAUUCACUUCACCGAAGCCAUCGAUUUUGAUCCAACCAAUCACGUCCUCUACUCUAACCGUUCCGCUGCUCACGCUUCACUUCACCAGUACGCCGAUGCUCUCUCCGACGCGAAUGAGACGAUUAAACUCAAACCGUACUGGUCUAAAGGUUACAGCCGUCACGGAGCUGCUCACUUAGGGUUAAACCAGUUCGAUUUGGCUGUAACGGCUUACAAGAAAGGUUUAGAUAUCGAUCCGACGAACGAGGCGUUGAAAUCGGGAUUGGCUGAUGCGGAGGCGUCUGUUUCUAGGUCACGCUCUGCUCCUCCGCCGAAUUCGUUUGGUGAUGCUUUCAAAGGACCGGAGAUGUGGAGUAAGCUCACGGCUGAUCCUUCGACUAGAGCCUUUUCGCAGCAGCCUGAUUUUGUCAGCAUGAUGCAGGAGAUUCAGAAGAACCCUAGUAAUCUCAAUUUGUAUAUGAAGGACCAGAGAGUGAUGCAAUCUGUUGGAGUUUUGUUGAAUGUUAAUUUCAGGUCGCCGCCGCCUCCUCCGGGAGAUGACUCGGAGGUUCCUCACCCUGAUAUGGGUCAGAGUUCUAGGGAAGAAGUGCCUGACGUUAAGAAGAAGCCAAAACCUGAGCCGUUGGUGACGGAAGAGAAGGAGAAGAAAGAGAGGAAGGAGAGAGCCAAAAAGGAGAACGAGCUUGGGAAUGCUGCGUACAGGAAGAAAGAAUUCGCAGUUGCCAUUGAGCAUUUUUGUAAAGCUAUUGAGAUUGAUGAUGAAGAUAUCUCAUAUAUCACAAAUCGUGCUGCUGUUUAUCUUGAAUUGGGAGAGUACAAUGAGUGCAUUAAGGAUUGUGACAAGGCAGUGGAAAGGGGUAGAGAGCUUGGGUCAGAUCUCAAGAUGGUAGCUAAAGCUUUGACUAGGAAAGGGACUGCUUUGACCAAGAUGGUGAAUUGCUCGAAAGACUAUGAACCUGCUAUUGAAGCUUUCCAGAAAGCUGUUAUAGAGCAUCGAAACUCUGAUACAUUGGAGAGACUGAACGAGGCAGAACAAGCGAAGAAAGAGUGGGAGCAGAAGGAGUAUUUCGAUCCCAAGAUCGGGGAUGAAGAGCGUGAAAAAGGUAAUGAUUUUUUCAAGGAGCAGAAGUAUCCUGAUGCUCUUAAACAUUACACUGAAGCAAUCAAAAGGAACCCGAAAGACCCAAAAGGAUAUAGCAACCGAGCUGCGUGUUACAUUAAGCUAGGUGCAAUGGCUGAUGGAAAAAAGGAUGCAGAAAAGUGUAUUGAGAUUGAUCCAACCUUCUCUAAAGGAUACAGCAGAAAAGCUGCAGUUCAAUUCUUCUUGAAAGAGUAUGAGGAUGCGAUGAAAACAUACCAAGAGGGUCUCAAGCAUGAUCCGAAUAAUCAGGAACUUCUCGACGGUGUUAGUAGAUGUGUGAUGGAGCCUGCUUCAUGUGAAACUAUCCCGGAAAAGGGAGUGUUGAGUUUAGAGGCUGUUUCCAAGGCUGGAGAAACCGUACAAGCUGUGAUGUUGGAGCCUGUCCCGAAAGAUGCAAUGCUGAGUUUAGAGAAAGCUAUUGAGAUUGAUGAUGAAGAUAUCUCAUAUAUCACAAAUCGUGCUGCUGUUUAUCUUGAAUUGGGAGAGUACAAUGAGUGCAUUAAGGAUUGUGACAAGGCAGUGGAAAGGGGUAGAGAGCUUGGGUCAGAUCUCAAGAUGGUAGCUAAAGCUUUGACUAGGAAAGGGACUGCUUUGACCAAGAUGGUGAAUUGCUCGAAAGACUAUGAACCUGCUAUUGAAGCUUUCCAGAAAGCUGUUAUAGAGCAUCGAAACUCUGAUACAUUGGAGAGACUGAACGAGGCAGAACAAGCGAAGAAAGAGUGGGAGCAGAAGGAGUAUUUCGAUCCCAAGAUCGGGGAUGAAGAGCGUGAAAAAGGUAAUGAUUUUUUCAAGGAGCAGAAGUAUCCUGAUGCUCUUAAACAUUACACUGAAGCAAUCAAAAGGAACCCGAAAGACCCAAAAGGAUAUAGCAACCGAGCUGCGUGUUACAUUAAGCUAGGUGCAAUGGCUGAUGGAAAAAAGGAUGCAGAAAAGUGUAUUGAGAUUGAUCCAACCUUCUCUAAAGGAUACAGCAGAAAAGCUGCAGUUCAAUUCUUCUUGAAAGAGUAUGAGGAUGCGAUGAAAACAUACCAAGAGGGUCUCAAGCAUGAUCCGAAUAAUCAGGAACUUCUCGACGGUGUUAGUAGAUGUGUGAUGGAGCCUGCUUCAUGUGAAACUAUCCCGGAAAAGGGAGUGUUGAGUUUAGAGGUGAAGAGGUUUGUGAAGUGAAAAGAAGCAGAGGCUGUUUCCAAGGCUGGAGAAACCGUACAAGCUGUGAUGUUGGAGCCUGUCCCGAAAGAUGCAAUGCUGAGUUUAGAGGUCGAGACUUUUGUGAAGUGAAAAGAAGCAGAGGUAAAGAAUCUAAAAUCUUGUGAUGGAA